AAGUUCAGAGACCAAGUCUCACAAUAUGCCCCUUCAAAAAUAAAAAUAAAAGGCAGAGACCAAGGCACAGCGUAUCCGAAAAAUAUUAAAGGGUCCAACAUACAUUCCAUACACUGUACCUGUUAAUCAAUUGCCACUUAAUUCCUAAAAUCCCUCUCUCUCUCUCUCUCUCUCUCUCUCUCUCUCUCGAUCUCAAAAAGGUGAUGGGCCGUGACAUGAGUAACCGCUCACUCUUAGUCUCCUUCCUCCUUGGAGUGGCCAUGGCUAUUGCUUGCGUUUUCUCCUACAUGUCCGUAGACCCAUGGAACAGAAGCGUGGAGAUCUCUUCAUGGAGAAUGAGUGGGAACAGUGACUCUAAUGUUGAUGGGGCUAAUGAAACCAUGUUUGCUCCUAAUAGUGAUGUUGAUCAUGCACAAUUGGCUCCUAAAGAGAUGCCACAAACUAAAGAUUUAGCCUCUCUAUUGAAAAGUGCGGCAAUGGAUGACAACACAGUCAUAUUAACCGAAGUAAACGAAGCAUGGGCGACGCCAAAUUCACUCCUCGACCUCUUCCUCGAGAGCUUUCGUGUCGGCGAACAUAUAGAACAUCUUCUGGACCACCUACUUAUCGUCGCGGUCGAUCAAAAGGCGUUCGACAGGUGCAACUUAGUGCACUCUCAUUGCUACUUACACAAGAUGGAGGGUAAUUAUUCAAGUGCGAAGGGUUUCAUGAGCAAGGAUUAUCUUGAGAUGGUGUGGAAUAGGAAUAAGUUUCAACAAAGUAUUUUGGAGCUCGGAUACAAUUUUCUUUUCACGGAUAUGGACAUCAUCUGGUUCCGAGAUCCGUUACGACGCAUCGCGAUCACUUCGCACAUAGCGACAUCGAGCGACUUCUUCUUCGGCGACGAAGAUAGCUUGGGGAACCUCCCCAAUACGGGGCUUCUCUAUGUGAAGUCCUGCACAAAGACCGUCGAAUUCUACAAGAACUGGCAGCUCGCGAGAGAGCGGUUUCCGAGAAAGCACGAGCAACAUGUCUUCUACAAACUGAAAGGCGAAUUCGCCGCCCGAUUCCAAGUAAAGAUUCAGUUCAUCGACACGGCAUACUGCGGCGGAUUCUGCCAACUUAGGAGCGACCUGAACAAGAUUUGCACCGUGCACGCCAACUGCUGCGUGGGGCUACAAAGGAAGUUGUAUGAUUUGAGAAAUAUUAUGGAGGAUUGGCAAAAGUACAAGGCUUUAACUGUAGAGGAGAAAAGGAAAGGUGAUUUUCACUGGAGAGUACCAGGUAAAUGCAUUCAUGCACCGAGACAACAUUCUACUAAAAGUCAUUAAAUUGGAGGAAUAUUAGGUAAAAUUAAUUGGAAUAAGAGGCCUUAUUCCCAUUUAUUAAUUUGCAUUAUACUCGAUCAGCUUUGUUUACGGAGGAAAAUGGAUGGAUCGUUUUUGUUUAUUUCUCAUGAAUUUAUACUGUAAUCCUUAAACAUAAAUUUUCUUUUUUAUUUUCUUUAAUAAAAUGAUUAUUUUGCUCUACUGCUGUAAAA